UGGAAAAUGAGGGCUUGUUUUGAAACCAGUGGGGAUGGCUUGCAUUUAGGGGCCGAGAGUAGAUUGGCGCGCGUGUAUGUUUGUCACAAUUAGUAGUGAGCGGGCCGACCUGUCAGAGUUAACAAGUAGCAGACUGUAAUUAACUCAGGAAGAACUAUGUGCGCCGAUCCAGUUUCUAAUUUGAAUACACGAAACGAAUAUAAGUGACAACUGAUCAUCAGAUAAUGAUGGUCGUUUCAGUGUAAUUUCGUAUUUACCUACGUGAUUUCAGCGUCGACUGUAAAACGUAAAGUGAAUUCUGCGCGUCGAAACUGAGAGCUGACACAAACACACCGAUCGACUUUUCCGAUGAACUCAGUUUUUGGUAUCGAGUACCACAUUGGAAAGCCCCGUUUAUCAUGAUCUCAAGUCAGUUCCCGCAUUUUAAUGGCAACAAUAAUUUUAACCCUUCGGGAAAUUCCCUUAUGGGAACUCCUUUCUCAGUAAAGGAUAUAUUAAAUUUAGCGGAACAAGGAGGACAAUUUAUUCCCAUGACUGACACACAACAAACGUCAUUUUAUUUUGAGGACUGCGGUAACGGUCCAUCUAAUAUGACAUCUUUUUCAUUUAACAAUAUCGAUACCAACAGUACAGGGAUUCCUGACCCAUUUACAGUGACAUCUGGUGAUUUCUACAAUUACCAUAACAACAAUAAGCUAGCGGACUCGUAUAACAAUGGCUGUCCGGAGGUUGUGGUCGGCAGUUAUCAUGGACACCAACAGAUGACACCAUCUCCUGUUGCUUCUCUGUCGCAGUACUCAACAUCCCCCCCAACGGCGAUCAACAAUGCCACUACAGGAGGAGGCGGGGGGAUUCCUAUGACGUCACAACACGUUCAACAAUUGAGUCACCUGUGCCCGCCGUUUCCGGAUGUUGUUGAAAGUAACAUCGAAGCAUCGCUCAGUGAGACACAUGAUAAUGGCUCCAGUGGAAAUUCAGCUAAAGGAACACAAGUGAACGGUGGUAAGUCGGACAUAAGGAAAGGGCAAUCGACAGGUCAUCGGCAGAGAGUAAAGCGAAAGCCUCGAGUCCUAUUUUCACAGGCCCAGGUUCACGAACUGGAGCGACGCUUCAAGCAGCAGCGGUAUCUGUCAGCCCCAGAGCGCGAACAUCUAGCGAACGCUUUGAAGCUCACGUCAACCCAGGUGAAGAUCUGGUUCCAGAAUCGUCGCUACAAAAACAAAAGACAGAGGCAUCUGCUGGACGGAACGAUCAGUGCCAGCAAGUUCCAGCAACAGCCGCGUCGCAUCGCAGUGCCAGUUCUCGUGCGGGAUGGUAAACCCACUCCAUCGGGGAAUCACCUCGUCACCAAGAACUACUCGGGGACCUCUCAUUACCUGGGACAAACUCCGCCUGCUUAUUCGAACCUGGUACCUCACAAGUUUGAAACUCCCUCUCCAUCGUUUGAAGGGUACACAAACAUGCAGGAACAACCGCACUACGGCAGGCAUACGACAAAUGUGGAGCAGAACUCUCUCAGGACAUGGUAAAGAGUGCUAGUGUGACUUUUCGCAUUAAAAUCUAAUCGAAGUCGACGAACUGACGAGGCUCAGACAGAUUUUAUAGUUUUGCAGUCGUUGUGACACCCAGUAUACGAUGUUCAAUUUAAAACGCAACCCCAACUAUUAUACUCGUACAUGACCCUUUAACGCGAUGAAACGAUGAAAUCAACGGAAAUAUUGAAUUCUUAGAGCCUCAUCUCAUUGCUGCAGAUAAUGCAAAUCGGUACGGCCGUAAUUUCGGCUGUUUUGUCUCUCGAUGAGCACUUGACACAGACAAAUGCUUCCUGUGUCUCGUAAUGUUAUUACCAGUCGGUGUAUUGUUGUUCUUUUCGGAACUUCCUUCUCAGGAUGUACAUUGCUAAAAGGUUUAUUAAAAACAGCAAAGGAGUUCGAUGCUUAGCAAUGUUUCAGGAUGAACUUACGUUCCAUUGGCGAAUACACGAUGUUCGCACCUGCGCAACUUUUGCAGGGGUCUAGCAGCAAGGGUGAUCUUGACUCGGGUGUCACC